UGAGCCCUCCCAGCCGCCGUCGCGCGUCCUGUGUCCGCCAUAUUUGCAAGUGCAGGGCCGGGGUGACCUGAGAGAUGCCGUCCGACCAUGAUAAGGACGUGUACCCGGAGCCCUCCAACCGCACUCCGGUCCCGGACCGGCAGAGCGGCCUCCCCAACCCCUCGCUCAUCCUAGGGAAGGUCUUCUACUAUGCGGUGGAUUUACCGGUUACCUCCUUCCGUGAUUGGGUUGAGCGCCAGCAAGCGAAGAAUAAGUAUUAUUACUACCAUAGAAACUUCCGCCGCGUGCCGGACCUGUCGGAAUGCGAAGUCGGGGACUACUUGUGUUACUUUGAAGCCGAAAUGCAGUGGAAGAGGGAUCACAAAGUUGAUCAAGAAAUAGUGAAGAUCAUACAGGAGAGGCUGAGAGCGUGCCAGCAGAGGGAAGGCCAUAGCUACAUCCAGAACUGUGCCAAGGAGCUGGCCCAAUUCGCAGAGGCAGCAAAGGGUUACCAGUCUAGAUAUGGUGAUCUCGGAGCGUACGGUAACGCUAGAAAAUGUCUCAUGAAACAGAAACACAGAAUGAUCGCAGAAAGGAAAGCUGCAGCGGCAGCAGAAGAAGCAGCUGCCUCAUAAACGGAAAGAAAGCGACGGAGGCGGUCAGCCAGCCCAUGUGUGUUUUCACUUGUGUCGUAAUCCUGGAAACUGUAAAAUCUAAUAAAUAUUAUACGUUG